AUGGACGUAUUUUCAAUUUUGAAUGAUGUGGCUGACUGUGGGAAUGUUACGUAGCAGCAUAUUCAUAAUUUACAUGUGAGUUUCUUAGGAGACACAUAGUAAUUAGAAUUAAUAAACAUUUAGAUAGUUUACAAAAUAAUUAGAAUGUUGUUAUUUAAAAAUAAUAAAGAACUUUAAUGGUACUUCAAAACAGCAUAGAAAAUUAUUUGAAAAUGUUACAGAAAAAUUUGUUACAUUAAUGAUAAAAAAAUGGAAUGAAUCAACACUUCCCGCCUAAAAGACUCGAAAAUAAAUUAGCACAGAUAACACUAGAAGGUUUAUUGAAUUAUAAAUAUAAUAGUUUCCUUCUUUAUUUAAUGUAAUUGUUUGCAGAAGGUUUGGACUCAUAAAAUUUUGCAACAAGAAUAUGUUGUGGAAGACAUUUGUUUAUGAUAUUGAGAUGCAUUCCACCUUAGUUAUUGAAUUAGUUAGUGGAUGAAAAAACAGCAUAUGACAUGCUUAAUCACACAGUAGGUUUAUUUAAGAACACAAAAUUAUAAAAGACAGGGAAAACACAAAAAGGUUUGGCUGUAAAAUUAGGUUCUUAUUUAUAACAUAUAGCUUUUGAGGAAAGAAAAUAAAAUAAAUUAAAAUAAGCAAUAGUAGCAUUAAAAUAUGAAAUGGUUAGAACAAUUUGUGAAGAUGAUAAAAAGGAAUUAAGAUUAGAUGCAUUGACAAAUACAGAAUUAAAUGAUUCUACUCUUCCAUUUAUAAUAAUUAGAAUAAGAGAUACAGAUGUAGAUGUAAGAUUGUAGGUUUUUAAGAAAUUAAUGAAAAAUCAUUUUUCAAUUUAAUAAUUAUCAACAUUAGAUUUAUAUCAAGUGAUAUAUGAUGGUUUAAAAAAUAGUAGUUAAAAAGUAGUAGAAUAAUGUGAAUAAUUUUUAUAGUAAUCUUUUGGUAAAUUAAUUUAAGAUGAUACAAUAAUGUAAGAAGAUUCAAAGUAGAAAUCAGCUAGAAAAUCAAUGAAUUUGGAAUAAGUAAAUCAAAUAAAUGAAGCAGUAAAGAGAUUUUUAAAUUUAUUUUAAAUUGACAAGACUCUGAUAUUUCCUUAAUUAUAUUCAACAAUUAUGGAUGGAUUGAAGGCAAUUUUGAAAUCUGUUCAUUAAGAUGAAUUAUCAACAUAUUUUAGAGAUGCUUUAAGAAAUUUAAGUUAUUAAACAAGUGGACCAGAAAUGUCAUUUAUUAAAGUUUUAUGUUAGAUGUCCCAGGAUUCUGAGUAGAAAACAUAAUUAUAAUAAUAAAUGAAUUUAAUAGUAGAUCAUAAUUUCCCAGAAGGAACUUAAUUCGCAGAAAUUUUCAAUUAAGAUUUAGAUUUAUUAUAAUAUUAUGAAUUAUUAUAAUUAGCAUAAUUACUCAUAAAUUAAGAAUAAAUAGGGAGAACAAAACUUUUAGAUAAAAUGGUGUAAUUCAUAAGUAAAUAUAGAAAAUUGGAGUGUUAAAGAUUGCAUAAUUAAAAGUUUAAUGAGAUCUAUGAAGAUAAGAGUGAUUAAGAAUUAGAAAGUAGAUGGUUUGCUUAACAUCAUUUUGAAAUGCCAAUAAUAAAAAGUUAUUAUGAACUUAUGAUUCCUUCUAUAAAAGUAAUUAAACUUUUGGUAUCUAAUCAAGAUGAAAUGGCUGAACAAGUAUUUAAAGUGAUAUAAGAUUUAUAAAGAUAAAUAAUUAUAGAAAAUAUUUAGUAAUUGGAAUAAACGAUAUAAGUUAGGAAAGAAGAGAGAGAUAAUUUAGAAUAAGAAAAAGAAUCUUUACUAAAAAAGAAGAAGUAAAAUUUAUAAUCAUUAUAAUUAAAUGAAUAACUUAUUGAUUAGAAUGAAAAAGCUAUGUAAUAAACACUUAAUGAAUUAAAUUAAAUAAAACAAAUAAAUAAAAAUAUUGAUAUACAUUGUUUGUAUUUAUUAGAUGCUUUAUUUAAUUAAUUUGACAUUGCCAAAAUAGAAGAUAGAAUUUUCAUAAGAUUAAAGAAUAUAAUAACUACAAUUAGUGAGAAAUAUAAAAUUGGAGAAGAUUGUUUAGCAAAGAAAUUAAGUUUCAGAUGUUUAGGAUAUAUUCCAUUAUUUGGAAUUGAUGUUGGAGGAUCUACAGUUGCAACAUUGGCAAGAAUAUUAGAUUAAUAUAUUCCAACAUAAAAAAAUAGUGAUAAUCCAAUGACGAUAACAGCAUUAAGAAGUAUUUUAGAUGCACUUUUAAUGUAUGAUGAUGAUUAGGCUUGGGUUAUUGAUUCAGAAACUUAUGGUAAAUAAAAGAUAUUAUAGAUUAUAAUGAAAUUUGCAUAUAAAUCUGAAGGAGUAAUUUAAGCAAUAGCUUUAGAAGGAUUAUGUAAGUUAUUAAUACAUGAUAAAAUAUAGAAGCCAUAAGUUUGGAUAGCUUAAUUUUUAUUUUUAUGGUUUGAUGUAAGAUUACGUUCUUAACAAUUGCCUUUAUAAAUUGUAACUAGUUUUCUUAAACUUUAUAUUACAUCUUCUCUGUAAUUUUUAAGGAUAUUUGAAAAGGGUUUAGAAUUAUACUUUAGUAUAUGUUGUUAUUUACAUUAUGUUAAGGAUUAGAUUUUGAAUCCAGAUCUAUUUGAAACAUAAUAAUGGCAAGAAAAUUCAUUAAUAUAAGCAGCAAGUGCAGGCAUAAAAAUGAUGAGUUAUAAAAUAACUGGUUAAAAAUCUAAUCCUUCUUUAGGAGAAUUUAAAGAUAUUUUGGAAUCUAGAUCUUUAGAAUCUGACUUUAUUGGACCAUAAGAAAGAUUUAUUAUGUAUCUUUGUAAAUUAGUAAGUGAUCAUAAUAAUAUUAUACUUUAAAAAGUUAUUACCCAAGUAACAAAAUAGGCAGAUUUUUUAGAAAUGUAUGAUAUCAAAGAAGAUGAUAAUAAUAAACUAAAACCAAAAUAAUCAUUCUAUUAAAGUUUAAUAAUCAGUUUAGAAGUAUGUAUUGAAAGAUUAGAAAAAGCAAAUGUUGAUGUUAAAAACGAGAAUAAUUUCUUAAAAGUAUUAUAAGAAGAAAUAGGAAUGUAAGGAUAGGAUGAAGGAUAAGCAUUAAGAGAUGCUAUUAUGAAAGAUUUUGAAUAAUAAAGAGAAGAUGCAAAUAAUUUAGUUAAAGAUUUAAAAAAAUAAGGAAUAAUUAUUUAAGGAUAAAAAUAAAAAGAAUAAGUUUAAGUUGAUUAAAAUUAUGAAGGUAUAGAUAUAUAUUUAUAUUAUUUUAGGUGAAUCAGAUUCUGAUGAUGGAAUUAAAAAGAAAAGAAAACAAUCAAGUGAUUCAGAAAUUCCAACUAGAAAAGGAGGAAAUAAAAAAAGAAGAUGAAU